UUUGAGAGCCGUGUGAUGGGUGACUAUCUAGCACGGUUCAGAGAGCACGUGUAUGUAGUCUGCGCUGGUGAAUGGAAGCCCCCGCCGCAAAAAAGAAGCGGCUUUUCCCACGGCUCUGUCACCAUUGACUCUAUUUAUUAUUAUGGUAAAUCAUUGUAUCAAGAUGUCAAUCUUAGAUCUUAUUUCAGUUCGAUACGUCCACCUACGAGACUCACCUUUGGCUUUCGUCUCGGUAGGUGUAUUAUUCUACAUUUUCCCAAAAGGACAUUCAUUCAUUUCUUUCUUCCCCGUCGACCACUACGACUAAAACGACGCGACAAAUCAAGACCCGGAAAGGAUAAGGGCCGGUGGUGGGCAUUUGGGAAAGUCGGGCCGAUCGGGUGUCUUCAUUCAAGCGAGGGUACAGAGGAAGAACGAAACGAAGUGAGAGGCCGGGGGGCAGGGAAAAGAGUCGAGUCGAUCGACCGGGAGAAGCAAAACGAAAUCAGGAUUUGGCCGAAAAAGAUGCAACGUUAUGGAUACCAUGACCGAUCACCAUCGAGAAAGAAGAAUUUUUCUAAAUCACUUCGGGUGAGCGGGGCCUUCAAGCAUCCGAAAUACGCCGGGGUUGUAAAUGACAUAGCCUUCCUGAUAGAAAAUGACGACUCCUUCAUAAAAACAAAGUUAUUCAAGUUCUUUUUUUUACCAAAGAAGUCCCGCUCUGACGGCCCGACGAGUCAUCUACUAAAAAGGACCCUCCCCGCUGUGCGCCCCUCCUUGAAUUAUUCGGUCAUGCAAUACUUUUUUAAUACAAAGAACAAAAUGCAUUUCGACCCCGUCGUAGUUCUCAAUCAUUUCGUGGCACCGGGUGUGGCUGAACCAUCUACGAUGGGGGGAGCGAAGGGAGGAAGCUUAGAUAAGAGAAUACGCUCUCGCAUCGCUUUUUUUGUAGAAAGCUCGACCAGCGAUAAAAAGUGUUUGGCCCGAGCCAAAAAGAGGUUGAUCCACUUCAUUCGCCAAGCGAAUGAUCUUCGCUUCGCGGGAACAACAAAACCACCAUCUCGCUCUUUCCUUUCUUCGGUGCUACCUUUUUUUUUUCAAGGGAUGGGGUUGGGGUGUAUAAUAACCCAUUUUAUGAGUAUGCCCGGGAACAACUCCUAGGUCAAUUAAGGAUCAAAUGUAGGAACCUCAUGGGUAAGGAUAAGGUAAUGGAAUUGAUAGAGAAAUUCAUAGACCUAGGUAGGAUAGGCAAAUUGAUAAAGGGAAUAGAGAUGAUGAUAGAGAUCAUACUGAGAAAGAGGAGAAUUCCGUACGGGUACAACUCUUAUUUGAACGAAGUGCAAAAAAUGCGAUCUUUUUUGUCUAAUAGAACAAACACUAAUACCUUAAUUGAGUCGGUAAAGAUCAAAUCAGUUUAUCAAAGUGCUUCUCUGAUUGCUCAAGACAUCUCUUUUCAACUGAGGAACAAUCCAAUCUCAUUUCGUUCCAUUUUUAGUAAAAUAGUUAAGGAUAUUCCAUUAAUAAUGCCAAAAGGGGUGGAGGGGAUACGUAUUUGUUGUUCUGGUCGAUUAGGGGGUGCGGAAAUAGCUAGAACUGAAUGCGGAAAGUAUGGAAAAACAUCUUGUAAUGUAUUUAACCAGAAAAUCGAUUAUGCUCCUGCGGAAGUAUCUACUCGUGACGGAAUUUCAGGUGUCAAAGUGCGGAUCUCAUAUAGUCAAAAUAAGAAGGGACGUGCUAUAUCCGAAACGUACGAAAUAUAGUAAAUAUAGUAAAUGCAGAUGUAGUAGGGGUCGCGAACCGGAUGGUACACAACUUGGUUUUGGAAGAUAUGGCACCAAAAGUAGUAGAGCUGGUCGUCUUUCAUAUCGAGCCAUUGAAGCAGCGCGUCGGGCUACAAUCGGACAAUUCCGUCGUGCUAUGAGCGGACAAUUCCGAAGAAAUUGUAAGAUAUGGGUAAGAGUUCUCGCAGAUCUUCCUAUUACGGGGAAACCCGCAGAAGUUCGAAUGGGAAGAGGAAAAGGAAAUCCUACGGGUUGGAUUGCUCGUGUGUCCACGGGACAAAUCCCAUUUGAAAUGGAUGGUGUGAGUUUGUCAAAUGCUCGACAAGCCGCUAGAUUAGCGGCGCAUAAACCAUGUUCGUCAACCAAGUUUGUUCAGUGGUCGUAACGUAAUUGGUUAGUGGGGAAAAACCGGGCCGGGACUCAAAAUAAUUUUACGAAGUGUUUGUUCCGGAAGUGGAAAGACAAAGAGGGAUAGGGAGCUCGCCUCCUUCUUUUUUGUAAUCGCCGAAAUGGAAAUUGUACGACGACCCUUCUUGUUCCAGGCAUACGACCCUGAGACGUGACGGUGUCACUUUUCCGGCCCGGUAAAGUGACAGUUAUAUAAAAAA